CCAGAGGUGAUGGAGAAACACAACACCAGCUCUUUCGAAGGCUUCAUCCUGGUGGGUUUCUCCGACCGUCCCCACCUAGAGCUGAUCCUCUUCGUGGUCGUCCUCACUUUUUACCUGCUGACUCUUCUUGGCAACAUGACCAUCAUCUUGCUUUCCGCUCUGGAUUCCCGGCUGCACACACCAAUGUAUUUCUUUUUGGCCAACCUCUCGUUCCUGGACAUGUGUUUCACCACGGGCUCCAUCCCUCAGAUGCUCUACAACCUUCGGGGCUCAGACAAGACCAUCAGCUAUGUGGGCUGCGCCAUCCAGCUCUACUUCGUCCUGGCUCUAGGAGGGGUGGAGUGCGUCCUCCUGGCCGUGAUGGCCUACGACCGCUACGCUGCGGUCUGCAGACCCCUGCACUACACCGUCAUCAUGCACCCGCGACUCUGCGGGCAGCUGGCUUCAGUGGCAUGGCUCAGUGGCUUUGGCAAUUCCCUCAUAAUGGCACCCCAGACGUUGAUGCUACCCCGCUGUGGGCACAGGCGGGUGGACCACUUUCUCUGUGAGAUGCCAGCACUAAUCGGCAUGGCCUGCGUAGACACCAUGAGCCUCGAGGCGCUGGCGUUCGCCUUGGCAAUCUUCAUCAUCCUGGCGCCACUCAUCCUCAUCCUCGUCUCUUACGGCUACAUCGCGCGAGCGGUGUUUCGGAUCAAGUCAGCCGCUGGGCGAAAGAAAGCCUUCAACACCUGCAGCUCCCACCUAAUCGUCGUCUCUCUCUUCUACGGCACCAUCAUAUACAUGUACCUCCAGCCAGCAAACACUUAUUCCCAGGACCAGGGCAAGUUCCUCACUCUCUUCUACACGAUCGUCACUCCCAGUGUUAACCCCCUGAUCUACACACUGAGAAACAAGGAUGUUAAAGAAGCCAUGAAGAAGGUGCUGGGGAAGGCGGGUGCAGAAGGAUAG